GCGGGUGCCGGCAGCAUGGCGGAGUCCCAGGUGGUCCUGCUGGACGAGUCACACGUCAACGAGAAGGUGACAGAGACCCAGCCCCGGUUCUACUACAGCGAGGAGCAGCGCCGGGCCCUGGAGGUGCUGGUGACCCGGGGCGAGGCGGCCUACCGGGAGGCGCUGAGGAAGGAGCAGCUCCGUGACUUUCUCUCCAGUCGUGAGCUGCAGGCCCUGCGGGGCAGCUGGCGGGGAUAUGACGACCCCCGGGAGGGCAGCAAGGUGGUGCGGGGUCCCGGCGGCGAGACUCUGUCGCUGGCCUACUGGCCCGAGUGCUCAGACACGGAGGUGCCCCCAUUGGACUUGGGCUGGACCGACAAGACCUUCUACCGCGGCAUCAGCCGGGUGGUCCUCUUCACGCACCCCCGCAAGGAGGAGAACGCGCCCCACCUGAAGGAGGUGGUGCGGGAGAUGAUCCAGCAGGCACAGAAGAUUAUUGCAGUGGUCAUGGAUGUGUUUACAGACCGAGAUAUCUUCCGUGAUAUUGUUGACGCAGCAUAUAAGCGUUGGAUCCCAGUCUAUAUUAUCCUAGACGAGGAGGGUGUGAAGCUCUUCUUGGAAAUGUGCAGAUGCCUUGACCUCAGUGACUUGCAGAUCCGGAACAUCCGGAUACGUUCUGUGACAGGAGUUGGGUUCUACAUGCCAGCAGGGAAGAUCAGAGGUACAUUGGCAUCCCGAUUCCUGAUGGUGGAUGGUGAAAAGGUGGCCACUGGAUCAUACAGCUUCACAUGGAGUUCAUCCCACAUCGACAGAAACAUCCUGCUGGUCUUGACAGGACAGCACGUGGAGAUGUUCGACAUUGAGUUCCGUGAGCUCUAUGCCAUCUCAGAGGAAGUUAAUUUCUACAAGGAACUGGGCAUUGCUAACCCAAUCCUUCUCGGAAUUGGGAAGCCAGGCCUUCAUUCCUCUACCGUUGCUCGGAAGUUUAUUAACCCUAAGUACGGUUUAGUGGCAGGGGCAACCCGUGGCGAAAUGAUGCUCUGGGCUUCACGUCACAGGCAGGAUCAUCAGGGGAACAUGGAAAAGGAGGAAACCAGUGAGUCAAAGAAACGGUUAAAUAAGUUUCUGAAUGACUUAAUUACCUUGGAGCAAGAGUACCCAGAAAUUGAUCCACCUCUGGAGAACUUUAACAGGCUGAAUCGGAGCCCUCAGAAACUGUUCUCCCGGCUCCACAUGGACCUGAAAAAUAAAUCCAAAUCCCGAGAGUCCAUUCGCGACAUCAAGAAAGAAGAUGUGCAGGCCAGCUCAAAGCAGGGAAAGCGCUUCGCCAGCGGCAUUUUCAGUCGCAAGGCCAAACGAUCUCCAGGCUCGAGCAUUGAGGCCAAUUCUUUUGCCAGUGAAGGACAUUCAGGAGAAGACCUUGGGAACACGAAACUGGAAUGCGAGCGGCUCAGCCUUGGCCAUGCCAGCGUUCGGAGCGCUGGAGACAUCCCAGGUAACCUGGGUCCAAACUCCACUCUGAGUGAUAAAACCAAACAAUCUGCCUGUGUGUUGUCUUGA